UAUAUAAAAAUGGCGUCCGGAAAGCUUCCUGCGGAAGUAGGAAGUUAAGUGUCCUGGAGUAGUUGAAGCUUUUGCAGGUCGAGGGAUACAUCAUGUUUCAGUUCUUGUUGGGGUUUGCCUUGGGGAAUGUGGUGGGAAUGUACUUGGCUCAGACGUAUGAGGUGCCUGACCUGUCCAAAAAAUUGGAAAACUUCAAGAAAGAUCUAGAUGCUAAAAGAAACCCCCGAGGUGACAAGUCUUAGUGCUGCAUCUUGGCCAGGAAUCCCUGUGUCUCUGGUCUACAUCUCUCUAUAUCUGUAAGCCUCCUUGGGGCGGAUGGCAUUGCGGAUCGCACUCGGAACUAUAUCAUUCAGUGUUGACAUUCUUUCCCAGCAGAAAUGUCUUUUGUGGGUCAUCCUACCACCUCUUCGCCCCAGCGGAAGUGCAUAUUGCGGUUGACUCUGCGAUGGGAAAACUAGAUAAACGUUAGACUGCAUCUUUCGAAAGAUAACUGCCGCUUUUUGCUUUAGAGGGUUUAAUAAAGUUCAAUAACUGUUACUAUAAAAACAGCGUAUUAUUUGUUUACAUUAAAAAUGAUCACUGU